AUGGGCAACGUUGUGUCCGGCGUGCAGCUCCGUCGGCGGCUGCCUGCGGUGGAGGAGCGCCUCACGCGGCCGCGCCGCCUCGUCCGCGAGCUACCCGACCUUGACGCCGGCCGCCUGCGUCGUCUCAUCCGCAGUGGCGACCUCGCGCCGUGCUUUGACCCGGCCGAGGACGCCGGCGACGGCCUAACCGAGGAGUGCCCCAUUUGCUUCUUUGUAUGA